GUGUAGCCUUAUGCGCCGCGUCGUCAUUCCAUGCCAGGCCGCGAGGAUCAGAUGCUCCAUUACAGCAACGUGAAGCCCUCGCCAUUGAUCCUCAAACAAACCUACCAAUCCAAACUCACAUCCUAAAAUGGCGCCUUCAACCUCCUUACGGUCUGUACUCGCCUACGCUGGCAACCUCGUCUCGCAAAUCCCUCUCCAGCUGACAGGCGGCGGCGUACCGAAUCCGCUCUCCUCUGUCUUCGGCCCCAUCGACAGUACCUCCGACUCCGGCUCCGCCACCAUCACGCCCUACGACCCAUUCAACGGCGCGCCUUCGUGCCCCGUCGACGGCCCCAUAAGUUGUAAUAACCAGUCGGUGGCCGAUUCGUGCUGUUUCAUCCACCCCGGUGGCCGGCUAUUGUUGACGCAGUUUUGGGACGAGGAGGUACACGUCGGGGGUGCGGAGGAGGAUUGGACUGUACAUGGGCUAUGGCCCGACCUUUGCGAUGGGUCGUACGAUCAAUACUGCGGCAUGGCGCCUCAUUUCAACAACAUCACCGAGAUCCUGGAACACUACGGUCAGGGCGAGCUGAUUGGGUACAUGAACCGGUACUGGGUAGCCAAGUAUGGCAGCAAUGCUCAUCUUUGGGCCCACGAAUAUAACAAGCACGCCACCUGCAUCAACACCCUCGCGCCCUCGUGCUACGGCGACAACUACAGUCCGGGGCAGGAAGUCGUUGAUUACUUUGCCAAGGCAUUCGGACUGUUCAAGAUGCUGGACACGUAUGUCAUCCUGCAGCAGGCUGGCAUCGAGCCGGAUAGCGAGAAGGUCUUCGAACUCUCAAAGAUACAGGAUGCGCUGGAGGAGUUCAGUGGCGGAAAGGUCAUUUUGAACUGCGGGGGUCGGAGGCAUGAUAUCUUGCAUGAGGCGUGGUAUGUAUACUUUGUCAAGGGUAGUUUGCAGAGCGGGGAGUUCGUUCCUGCGACGGAUAGCUUUAGGGGCGAUCAUGGGAAUUGUGCUAGGAAUGUGAGGUAUUUGCCUAAGAAAUUGAGGGCGCACUAAGCGUGGGGGCUUGGGAUUAUGGGCAUGGCAUGGUGCGGCGUUGUGGGAGUUUAGUUGGAAUUGCGUAAUACUACGAGGAACGUUGGAUAGAAUGACAUCGCUAGUAAAUAUAAAUAUUGAGGCCCAUCGCCCGGUGUCUACUCGCCUUGGGAGUAUGGCGACAUGUGUUGAGUACUAGGAGAAAUUCUCGGGCCUCCAGGUUUUCAAUUUGCGUACUACACAUAUCUCUAUCCUGACUGAGAUGGAUGUCAAAUGUUAACCUUCGGACACAUUCCAUGGUCAUCAUUCCCUGCAGUCUUUGAUGGCGCCAUGCAAAGUUUUUAAAUCGUUAUGCACGACUCCGCAAGUCUGGCACCUGUACCCUUUAUCCUGAAAGAUGAUAGAUUACGAACACAGACAAUCAGAGAACGAGGGAUUCUACUGAUAUGAAGACGCAGGCGUAAUUAUACUUUC